UUUCUCUUGUUCUGAAUCAUAUUCGAAAUAAUUCUCUCGUUCUUUUCAACUCAAUCAUGGCCAUGUAUGCCUCCUUUACACAUGUUGUUGCCUCUCUUUUACUUUGUGUGCUUGCAUUUGGUCUCUCUGUUAUGGGUCGACCCACCACUUUUCUUCAAGGUUUCAAAGUCACAUGGGCUGAUUAUCAUAUCAAGCAGAUCGAUGGAGGGAGGGCCAUCCAACUCACUCUGGACCAAAAUUCUGGAUGUGGGUUUGCUUCCAAGAGUCAGUACUUGUUCGGGCGUGUCAGCAUGAAGAUUAAGCUGGUUCCUGGAGACUCUGCUGGAACUGUCACUGCCUUUUAUUUGAAUUCAAACACGGAUUCAGUUCGUGACGAGCUGGACUUCGAGUUCCUGGGGAAUCGAACUGGGCAACCAUACACUGUCCAGACCAAUAUCUACGCUCAUGGGAAGGGAGAUAGGGAACAAAGAGUGAACCUUUGGUUCGAUCCUGCUGCUGAUUUCCACACUUACACAAUACUGUGGAACCACCAUCAUAUUGUCUUCUAUGUGGACGAUGUGCCGAUAAGGGUGUACAAGAACAAUGAAGCUAAAGGAAUUCCAUUCCCAAAGUUGCAGCCCAUGGGGGUCUAUUCCACGUUGUGGGAAGCCGAUGACUGGGCUACGAGAGGUGGGCUGGAGAAGAUUGAUUGGAGCAAAGCACCUUUCUAUGCAUAUUACAAGGACUUUGACAUUGAGGGAUGCCCUGUGCCAGGACCUACUAACUGUGCCUCCAACCCCGGAAACUGGUGGGAGGGAACCACUUAUCAAGCACUUAAUGCCCUUGAACUUAGAAAGUAUAGAUGGGUUCGUAUGAACCACAUGAUCUAUGAUUACUGUACUGACAAAUCGAGGUACCCGGUGGUCCCGCCGGAGUGUUUCGCCGGCAUCUAAAUUUGCUUAACAAUCGAACCGGAAGUCCAUGCAUCCACCAAAGUGUUUCAUACAUUCAUAUUCCAUAUACUUUCUGUACGUACAUAUAUGUUCUCGUACACUACGUACGUUGUGAUAAAAGUAAAGUCAUGCAUAAUGGAGGGGUGUAAAGGGGGAGUUAUAUGAACUAUUCCUGUGUAUCAAUGUCCAUGAAGGCUACGCUCUGGGAUUGGGCAAAAGUCAAUUCCUGCAUGUGGGCUAUAAUAGCCUAUUUGUGUCUGUACUUGUUAGGCAUUUUAUGUGCCAAUAAAGCUUCUGCAUAAUUGUGACGAGGAUAUUCCACAA